AACUGCUUCCCCCAAAAGCUCUCCUACUUCCUAUAACUACACCCGAUAGAGAGAGAUAGACUUUCGAGAAUUUUGUAGAGAGCAAAAACCAAAAUCCCCCAAUUUCCCAAGGAACAAGUAGAAACCAUUCUUCAGCAAUGGCCGACAUGAUCGUGAACAGCCAAUACCAAAUCCUCGAGGAGAUCGGAAGAGGAAGGUUCGGAAUCAUCACUCGCUGCUUCUGCCCAAUCUCCAACAAGUUCUUCGCCUGCAAAACCAUCUCUAAAACCGAUCUCAUCGAUGAAACUGACAAGGAAUGCCUUGUCAAAGAACCCAAAAUCAUGGCUCUUCUCCCUCCCCAUCCCAACAUUCUUCAGUUAAUCGACGUUCUCGAGAACGACCAUUACCUCUGUUUGAUUUCCGACCUCUGUGAACCCCUUUCUCUUUACGAUCGGAUCAUCCGUCGUCCCUUUUCUGAAUCUGAAGCUGCCGUCGUUAUGAAGCAGCUUCUCCAAGCCCUCGCUCACUGUCAUUCCCAUGGCGUCGUUCAUCGCGAUGUCAAGCCUGACAAUGUGCUCUUCGAUUCCAGGAACAAUUUGAAACUCAUCGAUUUCGGAUCGGCUGAGUGGUGUGAUGAAGACGGAUUUAUGUACGGUGUCGUCGGAACGCCUUAUUACGUUGCGCCCGAAGUUUUGAGAGGAUCUGAGUACGGCCGGAAGGUCGACGUGUGGAGUGCCGGUGUGAUUCUUUACACGAUGUUGGCCGGAUUUCCCCCGUUCUACGGUGAAUCUGCGGCGGAGGUCUUUGAGGCUGUUCUUAGAGGAAAUCUUAGAUUUCCGACUAGGGUUUUUAGGUCGGUUUCUUCAGCGGCUAAGGAUCUGAUGAAGAAGAUGAUUUGUCGAGAUGUUUCUAGAAGACUCUCAGCCGAACAAGCUCUCAGACACCCAUGGAUAUUGAGUGGAGGAGAAGGAACAUCUUCAGUUGAAUAAUUUGAUUUUAACACUUUUUUAACUCAACCCAUAAAAAGAGAAACAUAUGAAGAAAGGAUGCUGUUGAAAGAGAAUCAAGCAUUCCUGUUUUUGUAUUCAAGUACAUAAUCCCCUGCUCUGCUUCUUCACCAUCUUGUGAAUAAGAGACCUUAACCUUCAGUUCAGAACUCCAUCAAUGGCUGCUUGCUCCAUCUAUAAGCUUCUAGAGAGUGAGAAAGAUAACAUCAGUUGUUGAUUUGAGACUCUUCUGCUGUCGAUAUCAUCUUUCUUUUUUUUUAUUUCUUCAAUGCUUUGAGAAGCAUUUGAGGAGUUUUUUUUUUUUUUUUUUCCUUUUCUUUUUGAUUUGUUGUUAGGUAAAAAUGGAAUUUGGGGAAUCCUUUCUUUCCCUCCCAACACUUUUCUUUUUGUUGUAUAAAGUGUUUGGGAAGUGAGAAAGUCCCACAAAAAAAUGGGAAAAAAAAUUAGAAAAAGGAGAGAGAAAAAUAAGAGAGAGAGAGAAAGAAGAGAAGUUGUAUUGAAAUUAGUAGAUGGCUUUUUUGUUUUGUUUUUUCAAUUUUCAAGGAUGUAAUGAAAUGUGAUGUGAUGUGAAUGCAAUAUGCUGGGAAUAUAAGGGUGAUGUUUUAGUGUAA